AUGAGCGGAAAUACAGUAUUCUUUAAAACUAUCAAUACGUUGGCAAUCAUUGCAUUGCUACUCAGUUUGAUCGGUAACUUGAUUACCUGGUAUUUCUGGAAUUUCAUCCUCGCUGCCAUCCUCAAAAUCUUCUUGGUCGUAUGCUUGAUUUUGAUCGAGUAUAGACAAUCUCCUUCAUUAGUGAAGCCAUUCUCUUUCAUGUUCUUUUUCCUUGGCCGUGGUGUUUUCUAUUUGACCCUUGGCUUUGUUUCUAUGGGUAUUGAUAUUCUCUCCAUCGUUGGUAGCUUCCUCCUGGUUCUUGUGGGCAUCAUCUACAUUGUCCUCCACUUUACUAACCACAAUGGCGAGCCCGAGUUCAUGUCCUUUGUUAGAUAUCAGCGUCUCACCAGUGGGCUUUCUCACGAGUUGCCUACUACAUCCUCUGCAGCAGGCACUACUCAGGUACCACACAAUUCCUAUCCUGUAGCUCAUCAAGUGCCCCUUGAUAACACACUCUCUAGCGGACAAUACAGUAACACCAGCCCUGUCACUCCAGAUGUCUCUCAUCAAUCAGCUACUCCCAAUAUUCCUCAUAGUCCUGCUCUUCCUGUUCACGCAGCGCAAGACAAAACAGAAGUCUAA